AUGGUCCGCACAGCUCUCCUCUCAACCGGCUUCGCCGCCCUCGCAGCAGCAGCACCACUCUCCCUGGUCCAGCGUCAAGUCGAGUGCGCAACAGGCUUCUACAUCAUCGUAGCCCGCGGCUCCAACCAGCCAGAAGGCGAAGGAACCCCAGGUGAAGUCGGGAACUUGAUCGAAGCACGAGUCUCCGGCUCGUACUCUGUAGCAGUCGACUAUCCUGCAGCAAUCAUCUCGGCAGACUCAAUCUACCCAACCAGCGUUGCAGACGGCCAGAACGACGUCACCCAGAAGAUUGAGGACUACGUCGAGGCUUGCGGAUCUGAUAGCAAGAUUGUGCUCGUCGGCUACUCGCAAGGUGGGAAUGUGAUGACCAAUGUGUUGGCGGGAGGUGUUGCGAAGCCUGCGCCUAUUGAUAGCAAGUACAAGAGCAACAUCAAAGCCGUCGUCGUCUUCGGCGACCCAACCUUCUCCGAAGGCCAAUCCUUCAACGAAGGCACAUCCACAACCGACGGAAUCUUCUCCCGCCGAGACGACGGCGAUAGUCUGGAGUUAUUGAACACCUACGCGUCAGUUCUGAAGAGCUACUGCGAUGAAGGCGACCCGUACUGCUCCUCCGACAACGAUUCGAGCGUACACAGCGCAACGGUCUCGAAGUAUGCACAAGAUGCUGCGGACUUUGCGGCGAGCAAGGCGUAA